UGUUCGGUAUUUCAGUUACAUUUUGUGACUCGCUGCAAAGUGUCGUAUGGCGCGGCGGACGACAUAGCAUAUUCACAUUUUAAAAAUAAUACGACAAUUUUUUCAUAAAUAAGGCAAACACGGGGUAUUGGUGAACAUUAUAAAAAUUGCAUUCAAUUGUAUAUCGUUUUACAGGAAGAACAGAGCAAAAAGUCUCGGGUGUAAUAAAAAAAACUCGAUAUCUACUAUAAAAUAAACAAAACCAAAAAUAUUAAAAGAAAAACUAAUACCUUCCUAUAAUGACUUCCACCUCGAAUGAAGUGGUUGUGGCCCAGCCAACUGAAGGUCACCCAAUACGUAAGGAUAAGGGUCUGUGGCGUGAUCUCACCUCCUAUUGGAUUUUGGGUUUGUGCAAUAAUUAUGGCUAUGUGGUAAUGUUGAGUGCAGCCCAUGAUAUUAUAGGACAAUUUCAUGAGGAUGCUCCUCCUAGUGAAGACGAAACAGGAUCAGGUCGCCAAUGUCAUAUUGUCUCAACUGGUGCUAUUCUGCUAGCAGACAUAUUGCCUUCGUUGUUUGUGAAGAUAAUAAUGCCUUUCUUUCCAUUUUGGGUGAACAUACGCAUUGGCAUAGCGGUGGCCUUUUCGGCAGCUGGUUUUCUGCUGGUGGGCUUUGCCAAUGCUGAAUGGAUGGCUUUGUUGGGUGUAAUCAUAACUUCGGCUAGCUCGGGCAUAGGAGAGACCACGUUUUUGGCAUAUUCCUCGAAUUACAAUAAAAAUGUGGUUUCCACCUGGUCUUCUGGCACUGGAGGUGCUGGUGUUAUUGGGUCCCUGUCCUAUGCCACCUUGAGAUCCUUAGAUGUCAGUCCCCGAGAUACUAUGCUGAUUAUGUUAAUAUUCCCCUUUAUAGAGGCUUUGUCAUUUUGGAUUUUAUUGAGAAGGCCCUCCAAGGUCUUGCCUGUUACGCAUGUGGAUUCCACCGAAGAACUUAUUGUGGAUGAAAAACCAUUGGAAGGAUUUAAGGAGAAGUUUGUGUAUAUCAAGGAAUUGGUCAAGUACAUGGUACCAUUGGCGUUGGUGUACUUCUUUGAGUAUUUCAUUAAUCAGGGAUUGUUUGAAUUGGUGUUCUUUGAAAAUUCCGCCUUGGACAAAGCCAGCCAGUAUAGAUGGCUUAAUGUGGACUAUCAGAUUGGCGUCUUUAUAUCACGUUCCUCGGUUAAUAUCUUCCAGCUGGACAAGAUCUGGCUUAUGUCUGUCUUCCAGUUUAUCAAUGUGGUCUAUUUCUUGACCGAAGUGAUUUAUUUCUAUACACCCAGCAUUUGGAUAACCUUUGCCAUUGUCUUGUGGGAAGGUUUGCUGGGUGGCGGUGCCUAUGUCAAUACCUUCUAUAGAAUGUCCAAGGAGAUACCACCAGGACGUAGACAAUUUGCCAUGGCCAUGGUUGUGCAAUCGGAUUCAUAUGGCAUAGCUUUAGCCGGUUUCCUUUCGAUACCGGUUCACAAUGCUAUCUGUUCCCUGCCUGCUGCCGUAAGAAGCAUAACAUGGUAGUUGUAAUUUAAGGCAACAGAUUUUUGGCUUAUGUUAAGUUUUUGUUUAGUUAUUAUGUCUGUCCAGAAUUGUAAACAGAACUAAGAAGAAGAGAAAAUGAAGAAUUUAAAACAAAUUCACAAAAUAAAAGUAUUGCUAGAGAAUGUACAAAGAAUUUAGUAAAUGUAAGUUGAAGAAAAAAUAAUUUGUAGUAUGAAACCACAAAAGACAAAGACUACAAAAAAAUUUAUGUAAAAAAAAAAAUAUAUAUACUUUUACAAUCUACUUCAGUUAAAACAAA